AUGGGAAGAUCAAGUCAAGAAUGGGACCAGGACGCCCUGCGGGCCAACUUUUGUCACGCCCUCUCCGAGAUGUACAAGACCGAAGUCCCUCUGUACGGCGACCUGGUUAACCUCGUUCAUCAAGUCGACACAGACAUUCUCUCAACUCAAGCCAACCAACCCUUGAAUCCGGACGAGAUUCUCCCCUCUCGCCAUCGCGUUGAACGCCACGGGGCCAUCCGCCUAGGUACCGCCCAAGAACUAACCACCAUUCGCCGUCUCUUUUCUAUCCUGGGCAUGUAUCCAGUCGGCUACUACGACCUCACCCUCGCUGGGUUCCCCAUGCACGCCACGGCCUUCCGCCCAACCAGUCCGGAAGCUCUAUCCAAGCACCCCUUCCGCGUCUUCACCACCGUCCUUCGCAUGGACCUCCUCACGCCACGCACACGUCUCCUCGCCCAACGUGCACUUUCCCAACGCUCUAUCUUCACAGACCGCCUUCGAGCCCUCAUUGAACUCGUAGAAAACCGACAACAGCAGUCACUCACUUCUGACCAGGGUCAAGAGCUCAUAACCGAAGCCCUCAAGACCUUCCGUUGGCACUCCCACGCCACCGUCACAUUAGACGAGUACCAGACCCUCAAAGCCGAGCACCCCCUGAUCGCAGACAUCGUCUCCUUCCCCAGCUGCCACAUCAAUCAUCUCACCCCGCGGACGCUCGAUAUUGAUGCCGUGCAGUCGCGGAUGCGAGAGGUGGGGAUGCCGGCCAAGGAGCGCAUCGAGGGCCCGCCGCCACGUAAAUGUCCGAUCCUGCUACGACAGACGAGCUUCAAGGCUCGCGAGGAGACGGUCUUCUUCAGGACCGAGGAGGGAGAUUAUGUGAAGGGAUCGCACACGGCGCGAUUCGGGGAGGUCGAGCAGCGGGGGUUUGCGCUCACGCGCAAGGGGCGGAAGCUGUACGACGAGAUCCUGGCGAGGGUGAAUGCUGAGGUUGCGGAGAGGGGCCUGGGGGCCGGGGAUGCGGAGUAUGAGAGCGUUCUCGAAAGACAUUUUAAGGAGUUUCCGGAUGAGGUGACUGAGUUGCGGGCGCAGCAGUUGGCGUAUUUCCUCUAUCGUGUCACUCCGCAGGGAGAGAGUAAAGCCCCCAACGGGGUGAAGAGGGCGAGUUUGUCUCAACUACUGCGAGAAGGGGCUAUGGAGUAUGAACCCAUCACGUAUGAGGACUUCCUGCCUCUCUCUGCUGGGGGUAUCUUCAACUCCAAUUUGGGAAAUACAUCCCAGGCGAAACGCUUGAUUAUGGAGGCCGAGCCGGAUCUAGAUGGGUUUCACCGGAUGUUGGGGGUGCCUACCACGGAUGAGUUCAGCUUGUAUGAGGGGAUGCAGAAUGAUAGCUUGGAUCAGUGUCGGAUGCAAUUGGGCCUGGAGGAGAUUGCGGAGUGA